GUAGUGGACAGGGCAAGAGGUACAUGGUGGAAACUAUUGUAAACAGUUCGAAAAGUUUCAAAAAGUUACUUAGAGUAAUUUAUGGCACUGAAAUGUAGCACCAGUCAAUAAGAAAAUUUAAACAUUGCUGUCUUUACAUGGCCAGCCAAUGACCUAUUGCUGGUGAAAGUUAUCAGACAAAAUGCAGGUACAAGAUGGCAGAAUAUGAGGCCGUGUCAGAUAGAGAAGUUCUCCUGAACUACUACAAUGAACUUCUCUCUCAAAACAAGAUCAAUGCCUGUAAACGUCGCAAAGUGUCCACAGAAGAGACAGAGUCAUCUGCCCUGGCCAACAACAGUCUCAUCUCUGCAGAAAUUAGGAACACAGAAUCAUCAUUAGAUUCCCCAAGUUCUAGUCCAUCUGCAGGUGAGCAGAGUGAUGCAGAACACUCUCCUGCGAAAGUUACUCCUCCCACCGAAGUAAUCUUGCCUGCCAAGGUCAUCCCUCCCACUGAUGUUGUCCCUCCUACUGGGGUUACCAAUCCCACCAAGGUCAUCAGUGCCACCGAGGUUAUCAAUACCACCGAGGUUAUCAAUACCACCGAGGUCACAUAUUCAUCUGAGGUCAUCACUUCAACCGAGGUCAUUACUCCCACUACUUCCUCUCCAGUCAGUCCAACAUCUCCAGAAACCCUAAUCUUACCCCCGACUCCCACUACUCCAAUAUUGCCCCCUACACCCACCAGUCCACUGACCCCCAAUCCUCCAGCCACACCCUCUAGUGGCACUGAGAACACCCCAGAGGAUCUUAGUGAAGCCCUGAAAGAUGUGACUCAAACUCCCACAAACGAGCAGGGCUCCUACCCCUGUCCGAAGUGUGAGAAACAGUUUGCCUAUGUAGGCAACCUGAAGCGUCACAUAAAAAUGCAUCAUGGAGAGUUUCGGCCAUAUAAAUGUUUGUUGUGUGUUAAAAGGUUCUGGGGAAAUGACAGCCUGGAACAACACUGUAAACGAGUUCAUUCCAAAGAUAAGCCAUACGCAUGUGCCCAUUGCGAGAAGAAGUACUCAGUGUGUUAUGACCUUCAAAAACAUGUGCGAAGUGUCCAUGGAAAGGACAUAGACUGGGAAGUGACUGUGCCAAGUAAAUCCCCGGGGCCUGAAGAUACAGGGUCAGACAGAAGAAAAGUCACAGGAAUAACCACUGUACACCUCGGUCAGUUAAACCACAAAUGUAAAUUCUGCAACAGGGGCUUUGCCACAUUUAAUGGACUUGGUGUGCAUCUAAAAAUGCAUUUUCGUUGUAAAGUAUGUCAAAAGGGCUUUAACACAGAGGAAUCAUUGAGGACCCAUGUCGAGAAGGCACAGCACCAGGCAGGAGAACUGGACCAGGAGUAUGUUUUAUAAUUCCACACAAUAACAUCAGUAUUAGAUAAACCUGCUCACCCCAAACAUUCCAACAUAUAUCCAUCCAAUUUUUAUAUUGGAUCAUUCUAUUCACUGGAAUAGGGGUUCGGGUAUGUAGGUUGAUGUUAUCCAGUAGAAAUCCAUUUGUUUGUAUUAAUCUAUGAUACAUGUUUUAAACAUGAUGAUGUUUUUUGAAAGUUUGACCAUUUUUUUUUUUUUAUUUUUAGUGUUUACAGUAUAUAUAUACAUAGCUUUAACUUUUCUAUUUACAUUGUAUAUAGCUUUAAUAAUGGUGUACCAGGUAUGUUGUAUACUUACAUAUACAUCACAGUGUACUAGGCUGAUAUCCAGAGCAUUAAAGUAUGCUGAGGAUUUUACGAGCAUGGGCAGUAUCAAUUAAUAAAUCAUGCCAAAAAAAUUAUUCCAUAGUGCUACUUUCUUAAUAAAUUGUCUAAUGUUUUACUUAAUUGGGUAUUAUUUUUUAUUCCAAAAACUAAUAUUUUCUUAUUUUUCCAAACACUGAACAAUUUUUUCUAGGUUGGUAAGUGUCUGUGUAGAUAUAUAAGGGAUAUAUUGAUAUAACUAAUAUAGCACAACUAUAAUUCAAUACCAAGUUUGUGUGAAGUUUCAGUGAUUAGUAUUUUAUGUAUCUUCUUUAUGUAAGAUAAAGAUGACAGAAAGUAAUGCUAAUAUUGCACAUAUAAACAAUUCCAUAAUAUAACUGUUCUAUAGUAUCCUACAUUUCUCUAGUUGUAGUAUUGUAUCUACAUUUCUCUAGUUAUGCUAUAGUAUCCUGCAUCACCAUUUCUCUGCAGGUGAAAAAAACAACAAAUAUAAUGUUAAAGUGCUAAUCAGUGGGACAAUUUGUACCAAACUUUAAUGUUGGACUGAUCAAUGAUAACCAAUAUAUCCUCUCCUAAUAAAGUUAAUCCAUUAUGUAGGCUUUUCUAUUCUAGGUCAGUUUGAUUCUGGCAUGGAACUGUCAAGAGUUACUGUGAUUUGGAGCGUUUAGUCCUGAAUAAAAAAACCAUUUUGCCUGUCUAUAUUAAAUUCUCUCUCAGUUUUACAAGUGUCAUUCGAUAAAUGUUGACGAUCAGUCUUGAAUAUUGAAUUACAAUGUAUAUAAGUUGUAAUUCCACACACUAUGGACUUUGUGUUAAUUGAUGUAUAUCUCAUGAGGAUUUUCUGACAAAACCUUCUUUGUUUUGUACAAGUUUCAGACUUAUCCAAAUUUAAAUUAUUAAAAAAAGGGUCUCAGAAUGAAGGUUUUCUGAUGGAAUUUAUGAAAAAUAUUUUUUUUAGACAAAUUUCAGGCAUACCUGGAUACGAAAGUUUUUGUUUUUAAGCUUAGUUUUCUAAAAAUGUUAGCAUUAACAAUAUAAAGUGUAGAGCAUUUGAAUGUGUAAUAAAAAUGAUCACUUAACAAAGAAAGGACCCAGUAUUAGGUGUGUUGUUUGAUUCUUAGGCAGUUCAUGCUCAUUAUAACUGUUUUCCAUCCUGAAAAUCUCUCUUGUAUUGAUUUCUGAGAUUUUGUUUACAUGGUGAUGUAAUAGGGUACACCAGCCUCAGAACUUGAGAUAUAUGUGGUAAACAUGUACCGUCUAUAGCAUUAUAUACGAUAUCAGGUAGUCUUCCCUGUAUUUUAAUUAUUAUAAUUGUACAUUUCAAAUGUAAGAAAUUAAAAUUCCCUGUCUUGUAAAUGUACAUUAGGCAUAAUUUGAUCUGCUACUGACAAUCAGACUGUACGAGUCUAAAUCUAUAGUACCUAUAUGUGUAGAUGGAGUUUUAAUUUUUGUAUUACAGUGAUUAUAUACAUGUAUACCCACUAACUGAUGAGCCACUAACACUGUACAGUUUCCAGACUUGAUCUGGAUUAAUCAUAUUUAGUGUGUGUGGUUUUAGAUACUAAUUAUUUUCAAGAUUGACGUUAUUUAAAAUUUGUUUUUAUUGGUAUUGCAUCCCAUAGUCAAUAUAUCUGUUUUCUUUAUCUUAGUGGCAUUAUUUUUUGGGGGAAUACAUUUAAAUGAUUUUCUGUAUGCCAUUAAGGCAUUUUUUUUAUCUUUCUGUAACAUUGGAAUAACUAUUUACGAAGGUCUGUAUUAGUUUUUUCACAAAUCUAGAUUUUGAUAUGUCUUGUAUCUGUCAUCAUAUAUACUUAGUUUAUACCUAUAACGUACACAGCUGUGUGUGUCCUUUAAGCUCUAACAAUAUCACUUUUUUGUUUUGGCAUUAUCUAUAUACCUACCUAGGUACAUGUUACUGUGAUAUUUUGGUAGUCACACCACUCCUACUUUUGUUGUUUAUUUUACACAUAAAUUCUUAAGUCUCAGUUUCUAUGGAAACAAUGUUAGUUUGCAUUAAGUACUUACAUGUAAUUAAUGUACAAGAUUGUUAUACUUCAUUAGUGAAAUUUUCCUGUAUACUGUACCUGGAUGUUAACCAGCUGGUACAUUACUGUAUUGACACCUGUAGAAUAUACUUGUUACAGGUGCUAUGUCCAAUAUGCAUUAAUUCCCACCUAACAUCAUUUUAUGAAUAACUUUUUGUUUUACAUUGUUAAUGUUCUCAAAAGAUAAUUUUAAAAAUUUCCCAGUAUUAUGAAAAGUGGGUCAAAAAUGAUUUACUGAAAAUCAGAAAGGAUUCAUCUUAGCAGUGUAUAGGCUUAAUUCCUUUUAUGUUUCUAUUGAGAAUGUUUUCUAUGAUAAUUUUCUAACCAGGAGAAAGUUAAACAUCCUAUUUACUAAUUAAUUCAUACAUUGAAUAUUUUUAUUUCAACAAAAUUUGAUAAAAGUGAUUAUAUAUUCAUGCAAUUAUAUACAAUUGAAAUCCAGUUUCAAGUUCAAAAUUACCAAUUUUUUUUCAAUUCAUCUUUGAGUAUUUACGUAUAGAAAUAUUUUUGUAAAAUACAAUUUGUAUAAAACAUAUAUAUAAUGAAUUAGUAAUUUGUGGUACUCAACAGCAGGUAUUUUAUUCUAUAGUUUUUGAUCAUGACAUGAUUAAUCAAGACUAUUUUGUAUAUACAUGUAUGCAAGUCAUGCUAUCUAUUCAGGUGAUAGAAAGCUGAUAUCACCAAAGAUUUUUUAUGUCUGUAAUUGUUAUUCUUUAUACAGGGAAUUUCUGGUUUGAAGUCAAUUAAGUAUGGCUGAAAUUCUAGAAAAUAAAUUUGUUAAAAAAUUUGCAUAAAAUUGGCUUAUAUAUAUUAUUGUAUAAAAUAAAUACUUAAUUGGAUAUAAUUGUCUGGUUAUCUUCCAAUAUCACAUAUAUAUUUGUAAAUACAGAUUCACUGUAAAAGGCAUCAAUGUGUAAUAGGAUGUCGCAGUAGAAAUUUAAGGUGACUAAUGUAUUUUAUCAAUUCAUGUAUGUUUUGUGUCUUAGAGAUAGUACCACUUAAACUCAUAUAUAGAUACGUCUGUAUAGAUACAUGAACACCUCUAUAUGUACAGGACCACCUGUCAAGAAUACCUGUAUAGAUACAGAAAUGCCUGUAAAGGUAUAGGAAUACCUGUAUAGAUACAUGAACACCUCUAUAUGUACAGGACCACCCAUCAAGAAUACCUGUAUGUCUGUAUAGGUACAGGAAUCACAGGUACAGGAUUGUCGGUAUAGGUAUAGGUACUGGAAAACCCUUUAUAGGUAUAGCAACACCUGUGCACCUGUAUAGAUACAGGAGACCCUGUAUAGGUACAGAAACCCCUGUAUAGGUACAGAAACCCCUUUAUAGGUACAGAAACCUCUGUAUAGGUACAGAACCCCCUGUAUAGGUACAGAAACCUCUGUAUAGGUACAGAAACCCCUGUAUAGGUACAUAAACCUUUGUAUAGGUACAGAAACAUCUGUAUAGGUACAGACACCCCUGUAUAGGUACAGACACCCCUGUAUAGGUACAGAAACCUCUGUAUAGGUACAAAAACCUUUGUAUAGGUACAGAAACAUCUGUAUAGGUACAGAAACCCCUGUAUAGGUCCAGAAACCUCUGUAUAGGUACAGAAACCUUUGUAUAGAUAUAUAUAUACAGAAACCCCUGUAUAGGUACAGAAACAUCUGUAUAGGUACAGACACCCCUGUAUAGGUACAGAAACAUCUGUAUAGGUACAGACACCCCUGUAUAGGUACAGAAACCCCUGUAUAGGUACAGAAACCCCUGUACAGGUAUAGAAAGCUUUGUAUAGGUACAGAAACCCCUGUAUAGGUACAGAAACAUCUGUAUAGGUACAAAAACCUCUAUAUAGGUACAGAAACCUUUGUAUAGAUAUAUAUAUACAGAAACCCCUGUAUAGGUACAGAAACCUCUGUAUAGGUACAGAAACCCCUGUAUAGGUACAGAAACCUUUGUAUAGGUACAGAAACCCCUGUAUAGGUACAGAAACCUCUGUAUAGGUACAGAAACCCCUGUAUAGGUACAGAAACCUUUGUAUAGGUACAGAAACCUCUGAAUGGGUACAGAAACCUCUGUAUAGGUACAGAACCCCCUGUAUAGGUACAGAAACUCCUGAAUGGGUACAGAAACCCCUUUAUAGGUACAGAAACUAGGUACCAAAACCCCUGUAUAGGUACAGAAACUCCUGAAUGGGUACAGAAACCCCUUUAUAGGUACAGUAACUAGGUACCAAAUCCCCUGUAUAGGUACAAAAAACCUCUGUAUAGGUACAGAAACCUCUUUAUAGGUACAGAAACUCCUUUAUAGGUACCGAAACCUCUGAAUGGGUACAGAAACCUCUGUAUAGGUACAGAACCCCCUAUAUAGGUACCAAAACCCCUGUAUAGGUACAAAAAACCUUUGUAUAGGUACAGAAACCCCUGUGUGGGUAUGGGAACCCCUGUAUGGAUACAGAAACCCCUGUAUAAGUACAGAAACCCCUGUAUAAGUACAGAAACCCCUGUAUAAGUACAGAAACCCCUAUAUAGGUACAGAAAUCCCUGAAUGGGUACAGAAACCUCUGUAUAGAUACAGAAACUCCUGGAUAGGUACAGAAACCCCUGUAUAGGUACAGAAACCCCUGAAUGGGUAUGGGAACCCCUGUAUAGGUAUAGAAACCCCUGUAUACACAGAAACCCCUGUAUAGGUACAGAAACCCCUGUUUAUACAGAAACCCCUGAAUGGGUAUGGGAACCCCUGUAUAGGUACAGAAACCCCUGUAUACACAGAAACCCCUGAAUGGGUAUGGGAACCCCUGUAUGGAUACAGAACAAAUGAUAGAAGGUAAUGUAAGAUAUAUGGGCAUUAUAUGUGACUGUUGUAUUAGUAAUGUAUCAAAUCGUAAUUAAAUGUUGUUAUACUGUUAUGAGACAGUAGAGCUUUCUUGUUUUUACUUUUGUACAACUGAAGAUAUUAUUUUUUUAGUAAUGAUUGUAUGCCUGAUUAUAGUUAUCAUUAGUUGUGUUGAUACCCUUCUUACCUCCUGAUGUGUAUGUUACAAGGCAGAGUAGUUAAAUUCUUCUAUCAGUAAAAUACUCUUCAAUGUGUAUGUGACCUGUUACACUUACACAUAAAUCAAGAGUAAAGACUACUUGGAGAUAAAAAGGUAGCAGCGUACAGACGUGCCUUAAUGAGUUUAUUCCUGGUAUAUUUGUUUGACUGUAUAGUCAUUGAGCAGACUUAAAUGUCUCUAAACCAGUCACUUUCCUGUCCAUCUUUAUCACGUAAGGUUACCAGCACAUUAUAAAACUGGUUAUAGUAUAAUAUAUUCCUCAUAAUAAGUUAAAACAAUUUUAGUGCAGCUUUACACUGGUAUACACCAGGUACUGUAUUAAAUAGAUAUUACCAUCAUGUAGUACUCAGGUGUAUGAUAUUAUCACCACCAUGCCUUACUCAUGUAUUUGAUAUCAUGACCAUACUCUGGUUAUUUUGACCAGGUAUAAACUACAAUGACCAGUGUCUGUAUACGCUAUGGUUGGUAUUGUAUUGUUUAAUUAAUGUACUAUCAACAGCUAUGGUGGUUUAAGGACAACAUAACAAUGGCAAUUUCUUAUCAUAUACUUACCGAAGUAAUAAUUAUGAUAAAUGUCAAAUUACAAGGUAUUAACUAGGAUCGCCAUCAUGUGUCUUAAUAAGGUUUAACCAUGCAGGGUAAAUAAGACACUGACCUGUGUCUUAACUUAGCUGACUUUAUUGUUUUAAAUUGAAACAGUUCCAAUAUUUUUUUUACAAAAGCAUGAAUGUUUCAUUUCUUGUAUGGGCUUUAGAUGAACAAUUUUUAAAACAUUUUAUUAUUUCUGUAACAGUAUGUUUGUGUUUAGGAAGUAUAUGAAGAUUGAAUUUGUAUUGUUUACUUUAUGACAUGUUUGCAGUAUUUAUUAUGAAGAUAAAUUUAGAUAGCGUUAUGUAUGUUUUAUCCAUUAGUGUAUCAGCAUUACAUUGUUUAUAUCGACAGAAAACAUUGUUGUAGAUUUUACCAUUUUGUAUGGUUCCAGUUCCAGAUUUUUUAUUUUUAUUUUGAAUUUAGAUUCUGUAUUCAUCAUGGAUACAUGAGUGAUAGCAAACAACAAUUUUUAUAACAGGUCAAUUACAAAAUCCUACAGUACCAACAGCUAUGUACUGACUAGACUCGAAGCCCUACGGCUCCAACAGCUAUUGUACUCCCUAGACAUAAAAUCAUAUGGUAUCAACCGAUAGUACGUAUACUCGCUAGACAUGAAAUCCUACAGUACCAACAGUUAGUGUACUCGCUAGACAUGAAAUCCUACAGUACCAACAGUUAGUGUACUCGCUAGACAUGAAAUCCUACAGUACCAACAGUUAGUGUACUCGCUAGACAUGAAAUCCUACAGUACCAACAGCUCUGUACUGACUAGACUCAAAGCUCUACGGCUCCAACAGCUAUUGUACUCCCUAGACAUAAAAUCCUACAGUACCAACAGUUAGUGUACUCGCUAGACAUGAAAUCCUACAGUACCAACAGCUCUGUACUGACUAGAUUCAAAGCUCUACGGCUCCAACAGCUAUUGUACUCCCUAGACAUAAAAUCCUACAGUACCAACAGUUAGUGUACUCGCUAGACAUGAAAUCCUACAGUACCAACAGUUAGUGUACUCGCUAGACAUAAAAUCCUACAGUACCAACAGCUAUUGUACUCGCUAGACAUGAAAUCCUACAGUACCAACAGCUAUUGUACUCGCUAGACAUGAAAUCCUACAGUACCAACAGCUAUUAUACUCGCUAGACAUGAAAUCCUACAGUACCAACAGCUAUGUAUACUCGCUAGACAUUAAUUCCAACAGUAUGUGUACUCGCUAGAUAUGAAAUCCUAAAGUACUAACAGUAUGUUAACUCGCUAGACAUGAAAUCCUACAGUACCAACAGUUAGUGUACUCACUACAUAUGAAAUCCUUGGGUACUAACAGUUAGUGUACUCACUAGAUAUGAAAUCCUACGGUACCAACAGUUGGUGUAUUCACUAGACAUGAAAUCCUACAGUACCAACAGCAAUUGUACUCUUGCUCACUAGAUGUGAACUUCUAUGAUACCAACAGCAUAAUACCAAAAAUAUAAUGAUAUAUUUACUGAUGGUAUACAGUGUAUUUCUGUAACCAUUUAUCAAUACAAAUGUUUGUUUUUUUUCUGUGUGGAAACUUCAAAGGAAGAAAACAGGGACCAAAAAGUAUCUAUUUCUAAUCUAUGUUCAAUAUUGUGAGAUUUAUUCUCUAUUUGAAAAAAUCACUUUUUUCUCAUUCUAUUUCAUUUUACCACAAAUGUGUGAAGUAAUUUGAUUAUAUUGCCACCAAUUUUCACCUCAUUAGGCUGUAACUAUCUGGGAAAUUCUGAAGAGAUGUAUAAAGGAAUUGUUGAUAACAAUAAAGAUUAGAUAUAAAUGUGGCAUUAUAUCAAUUAAGGUUUUGCUUUAUACAAAUUGUGUUAAAGAGGGGCAUUAUAUCAAAGUUUUACCAUGUCUCUACUCAAUACAACAGAUUUAUUGUAUGGUGUAGGUAUUGAUCUUUUUAAUAACACUGUUACUAAUUAUAAAGCCUACAAUCUAAAAUAAAUCUGCGCAGAUUUUUCAAUCAUUGUCUGAUCUGUAUCUCUUCUAUAAACAUGUAUCAGCACAUACAUACAAUUGUGAAAAUUUAAUAUUUGUAAUCUUCAUUGUAUCCUUGAUAUAUUGACAGAAAUUUAGUUCAGUGUGGUAUUGAUUUUAGGAUUUGUGUGUACUUUCUUCUAUUUCAAUGUAGACUUGAUGAAGCGUGAAACGUUACAGUGUAUUAAUGACCAAAAUAUAUUUUACCAUCUCACUCAUAUAACAAGAUAUCACCUGAUCAUGAAAUGUAAUGUAUUUGAUUUUAACACAUUUUGAAGACAGAAAGAAAUAAACAGGAUUAAGCAUCA